CCUGGCAGAGGGCGGAGGAGCCCCGGCACGCGCGCCCGCGCCUCCUCUCUGUCUCUCCUCUCCAUGCCAGCGCCGCCGCCAACAUGGUGCAGAAAUCCCGCAAUGGCGGGGUUUAUCCGGGCCCGCAGACCGAGAAGAAGCUCAAGGUGGGCUUUGUGGGGCUCGAGGCGGCCGCGGCGGAUUCGAGUCGCGACGGCGCGCUGCUCAUCGCGGCCAGUGACGCGACCAAGCGCGGCAGCAUCCUGAGCAAGCAACGCUCCGGCAUCGCGGGCAAGAAGCCGCCCAAGCGCAACGCCUUCUACCGGCGCCUGCAGAAUUUCCUCUACAAUGUUCUGGAGAGACCACGAGGCUGGGCAUUCAUCUAUCACGCCUAUGUUUUCUUGCUGGUGUUCUCCUGUUUGGUCCUGUCUGUGUUCUCAACUAUCAAGGAGUAUGAAAAGAGCUCUGAGGAUGCCUUGUAUAUACUGGAAAUUGUAACAAUUGUGGUGUUUGGAGUUGAAUACAUCGUAAGAAUUUGGUCAGCGGGAUGUUGCUGUCGAUACAGAGGAUGGAGAGGAAGGCUAAAAUUUGCUCGGAAGCCUUUUUGCGUCAUAGACAUCAUGGUGCUAAUAGCCUCCAUAUCAGUGCUGGCAGCUGGCACACAGGGCAAUGUAUUUGCCACAUCAGCCAUCAGAAGUCUUCGGUUCCUCCAGAUCCUCCGCAUGAUUCGCAUGGACCGCCGUGGAGGAACUUGGAAACUGCUGGGGUCUGUUGUCUAUGCUCACAGCAAGGAGUUGAUCACAGCUUGGUACAUUGGCUUCCUGUGUCUGAUCCUGGCCAGUUUCCUGGUGUAUCUGGCUGAGAAAGAGGACAAUGAGAUGUUUGCGACUUAUGCUGACGCUCUGUGGUGGGGUCUCAUCACACUGACCACAAUAGGGUAUGGAGAUAAGUAUCCAAUAACAUGGAAUGGACGUCUUCUUGCGGCAACAUUCACCCUCAUUGGAGUGUCCUUCUUUGCCUUGCCUGCUGGAAUCUUGGGCUCUGGCUUUGCCUUGAAGGUCCAGGAGCAGCAUCGGCAGAAACAUUUUGAGAAACGACGGAAUCCAGCUGCGGGGCUCAUUCAGGCAGCCUGGAGAGUGUAUGCUACCAAUCUCUCUCGCACGGACCUGCAGUCAACCUGGGACUACUAUGAGAGAACUGUGUCAGUCCCUAUGUACAGACUGAUUCCUCCGCUUAACCAGCUUGAUCUGCUCAGAAACCUGAAGAGCAAAUCUGGCCUUUCUUUUAGGAAGGAAGCACAACCAGAGCCAUCGCCAAGUCAGAAGGUCAGCCUGAAAGAACGAGUGUUUUCCAGCCCGAGAAGCUCGGGCACAAAGGGGAAGAGUUCACCCCAAGGCCAGCAACCACUGAGACGUUCUCCUAGUGCAGAUAACAUUGAAGACAGUCCUUCUAAGGUGCCCAAGAGCCUGAGCUUUGGUGACCGUAGCCGUGCUAAACAAGCAUUUCGCCUCAAAGGGGCGGCUUCACGCCAAAACUCAGAAGUGCUGAUUGAGAUGCAGGCAGAAGAUUUGAGGCAGAAGAGCUCUCCAGAAGCCAGCCUUCCUGGAGAAGACAUUGUUGAUGACAAUAAGAGCUGCCAUUGUGAGUUUGUUCCACAAGAUUUAACACCAGGAAUUAAAGUUACCAUCAGGGCGGUGUGCAUUAUGCGGUUUAUGGUGUCAAAGAGAAAGUUUAAGGAGAGUCUCCGGCCUUAUGAUGUGAUGGAUGUUAUUGAGCAGUAUUCAGCUGGACACCUAGACAUGUUGGCCAGGAUUAAAAAUCUGCAGUCCAGGAUAGAUAUGAUAUUGGGUCCUCCGGGUCCCACCACUCCCCGCCAUAAGAAGUAUUCAUCCAAGGGAACCAAAGAGUCGCCCCAGUUCUCACCUAGGGUUGACCAGAUUGUUGGCAGAGGUGCUCCGAUCACAGACAAGGAUCGUCCUAAAAGCUCGACAGAAGCUGAAAUUGCAGAGGACCCAAGCAUGAUGGGACGGCUUCUGAAAGUAGAGAAACAGGUGAUGUCAAUGGAAAGGAAACUUGAUUUCUUGGUGAAUGUUUAUAUCCAGCGAAUGGGAAUCCCACAAUCUGAGACAGACGCCUACUUUGGUUCUAAGGAGCCUGACCCAGCCCCACCGUACCAUAGCCCGAUCGAGCAUAUGGAGAAGUCUGGUUCUAUUACCAAGAUCAUCCGUUCCAACAGCUCAACUGGCCAGAAGAAUCUUGAUGCUCCUCCAUCUGCAUGUAUCAACCAGAACAACUGCCCUCCAUCCACCUCAUGGCAACCCCAUGCCAUUCCUGGACCCCCUCAGUGCUGCCGAGGCACCUCCCCAGUAGCUGACACCUCCUUGGUUAGAAUCCCGCCCCCACCCACUCAUGAGCGAUCCUCCAGUGGCCAUAAUGGCUCCAACCGAGGCUCCCGAUGCAGUGCUGUGGAGGAGGUGAAGCCUGGAGCUCUGUCUCAGCAGCAGGCUGGUGCUGAGAGUGACACCUCCAUUUCCAUUCCCUCUGUGGAUCACGAGGAGCUAGAACGCUCCUUCAGUGGCUUCAGUAUCUCACAGUCUAAAGAGAACCUAGACUUCCUUAACAACCAAUACUUCAGCGGAGUGACACGCUGCUCCAAAGUGAGGCCCUACAUCGCAGAGGGUGAGUCCGAUACAGACUCCGAGCUUUGUGCCCCUUCACCUCAUUCUGCCACUGGGGAAGGAGCAUACAGUGACAGGGGCUGGUCCGGGCCCAAGUAAAACUGAAAAAGAGCUUUCAAAGUGGGAUUUUCUGUAAGGGGGUGGUAAUCUCUGAAACCAAACGCAGGCCACAUGUGGCAAGAAGCUGUAUUUGUAAACACAUGGCUACUUCCUACAGAUGCUUCAGCUUCAAAUUCCAUGGCAGAACCUGGUAGUAAUGCCAACCACCUGAAUAUGGAGCUUUCUGGUAUUUAAGAAUUUCCUUGACAGGUGGAACUUGUGGCUGUUACCUUUAAAGGUGUCAUUCUUCUUUCAAGAGACAAGCAUCUGCUGCUCAGUCGUUGUGCGCCUUUCCUAAAAUUAAAAAAAAAUUGAGACAAGAAAAACGCACAGAAAAAGAUGAGUCAGCUGAAAAAAAAUGCCAUAGUUUCAUCUCCAUCUUAUGUCACAUUGACCCUCAUUUCUCCAAGCAUUCAGGUUCUCUAGUCACAUGAUCUUGUUAUCUGAGACAGAUAACGAGAUGGUUUCUUGUUAUCAACAUUAGCCCACUGAUGCACUUCACAAUGUACACUGCUUAAAAAUUGUCCAAAAUUGUUAUUCAAUAUCAUCCUUCAUACCAAAAUAAUUUUUUUAGGAAAACUGUACUCCUAUAGAAGAAACCAGAAAUUUACUUAUAUUUAAAAGGUAAAAUAUUUCAAUGUAACACCUUUUUAAGUAAUUUGGUUUUAAAAAUUUGCAUGAGUUUAGAAUAUUUAUACAGUUUAUUUUAUACAAACCUAUGGCUCAAAAAGGGGAAAAAAGCUUAAUAUUUUAUGCAGAAGCUUGGUUCUUUUGAUGAAGAGAACUGCUAAAGCUAUCAAUAAAUAUAAUGUAUAUGAACUAUUACCAUAAAUAUAAACACAUUUAACAAAUCAAAUGGUAUAGAUGCAUAGAUCAUGUGUAAUUGUCACACCAAAAAGCGUUUUCAGAAAUAUAUUUUAAGCAAACAUUUUUUUUUCAAAGAUUGACAGUUCAUCCAUUGCAUUACUGUGUUUUCCAAGAACAUGAACACCUUCUAAUAUAAUGUUACGCACAGCUAUUUGGUCCAUUCGAAGAUGUAAUUUUUACUGAUCGUUUGUUGGCACGGUCAAUUUUUCGUAAAAAAAAAAAACGGUUGAGAAAUCAUCUAUUCUCUUAUUGUGAUAUUGCACAGUUCUGAACACACAUGUACUUACCACACGAGUGCACCAGCCACAUUCACAUAUCUUUGCAUCUUUUUGCCUUUUUUCACAUUAAUUGCAACCAACACAAAAUCUUUUCACUGUAACACAAAAUAUACUUCUGGGCAUGCAGAUAUACAGGUCAACAUUCUUAGAGGUAGAUAUGGGUCACAGGGCAA